CCUAAAUGUCUGGAAAAUGGAAUCUGCAAUUUACCUGAAAAAUCUGCAUUUGUUUUAGAUUUCUCUCCUUUCUGUUCAUAAGGAGGUGAGCAAAGGGAAAGGCUAUAGGCUCCAGACCAUUCCCCUUCUCACUCCACUAUAUAUAUAAAAUAACAGAAACGUGAAGCCUCUCCUUUUCCCAGGAAACAAACAGUACAGAUAAACAAAAAAAAAAACCUUAAAACGAUAACCACAGCAAGUCAACGACCAGUUCUUAAAGAAAAAAGGAAAAAUCAAACCCCAGUCUAGGGCCUCCGAUAAUACUCCAAACCCCGAAACCUUACAGAGAGAAAGGAAGGACCUUUCAGAAAUUUUCUAGAUCUUUCUGUCUAGAAUCUGCCUUAUUUAAUCUGUUUCUCUGAAAAAUCCUUCCCCUUUUCACUUCAAAAGAUCUGGUGAAAUUCAAUCUGGGUGUUUUGCAAAUUGAUUCCCUGUUUGGGGGUUUCGUGGUAAUUUAGGAAUCUUUGUCUUCUUGGGUUGUUAUUGGUUGAAAUAGAAAUUAGUUUUUUUUGUUGGUUUUUCAAGUGAUGUCUUUGUUGCCAAAGAGCGAUUCAAUCCAAAUCCGUGAGGUCUGGAACGAUAACCUUGAAGAAGAAUUCGCUUUGAUUCGUGAAAUAGUUGAUGACUACCCCUACGUUGCCAUGGAUACUGAGUUUCCAGGCGUUGUGUUGCGUCCCCUGGGCAAUUUUAAGUACAUCUGUGACUACAACUACCAAACUUUGAAGGACAAUGUCGAUAUGUUAAAGUUGAUUCAAUUGGGUCUUACAUUUUCCGAUGAGGAAGGAAACUUGCCUACUUGUGGAACUGAUAAGUAUUGCAUCUGGCAAUUCAAUUUCCGAGAGUUUAAUGUGAAUGAGGAUGUGUUUGCUAAUGAUUCUAUUGAGCUUUUGAGGCAAAGUGGGAUUGAUUUCAAGAAAAACAAUGAGAAGGGUAUUGAUGCAAUGAGGUUUGGUGAGCUUUUGAUGUCUUCAGGGAUCGUUUUGAAUGAUAGUGUGCAUUGGGUUACUUUCCAUAGUGGUUAUGAUUUCGGGUACUUGCUUAAGCUCUUGACUUGCCAUAAUUUGCCGGAUACACAAGUUGGGUUCUUUAGUUUGAUUAAUAUUUACUUUCCUACUCUCUAUGAUAUCAAGCAUUUGAUGAAGUUCUGCAAUAGUCUGUACGGUGGAUUGAACAAGCUUGCGGAGUUGUUGGAAGUAGAAAGAGUUGGGAUUUGUCAUCAAGCGGGUUCAGAUAGUUUGCUCACAUCUUGUACAUUCAGGAAAUUGAAAGAGAAUUUCUUUAGUGGCUCGUUGGAAAAGUAUUCCGGUGUGUUGUACGGUUUAGGUGUUGAGAAUGGACAGAGUACUCAUUGAAAAUGAAAAGUAAUAAAAACCAAAAAAGAUUUGGACAACUGCUUGUUUGUCUGUACGAGUGUGCCUCAUACCCACACUUCAAUGUACACUAUUGGCAACAAUUUUCGUAAUUUAUGAAUAUUUUCUUUUGCUU